UGUUUACGUCACGUUCUGACCAAGCAGCUUUGUGCACAUCAGGAGGGGAGGUGGUGGUGAGGGGGUGACAGCAGGCUCUUAUAAAUAAAGCCCCCUCAACCCCCUUGCAGCUGCAUGCACCCUGCCUGCCUGCAAAAGACAUUCCCUCCAUUUGAUGGCGUUUGCCUGAGAGAGAGCCGGCGUACAAGUCCGAAUCCCCUGCAUCGUGGAGUGACGGGAGAGGAGAGAGAACCGGUCCAAGGAGGUGAACGGGUUUGGCCGUGACGUAGCAGACGACGCCAGGCUCCUGCUGCAUGCUCUUCCAGUCCGGAGAGGGAGUGUUCCGUGUGGCUAAUUCGCGGAACAGAAGCUGUCAUUAGUACCAGCUCGGCUAAUUUAGCACCCCUGCUAAGCUAACCCACAAGCUAGGCUAUUAGCUCCCGCUGAAAAUGGAUAAAGCCAAGUCGAUGGUGGACAAGAAGGGGGCGUCGGGACCCUUCCAAGCCGGCCAGGGGAGCUGCAACGGGCACGUCAACGGCUGCGGCAACCCCGGGCUGGCUUCGGCGAGCGACAACAGCCACUACCACCACCAUCACCAUCAUGUCCACCGCGGCGGGGUUGACGCCGAGUGCAACAGCUCGCCGGCCAAGCGGAGCAGACUCCGGAGGAGGACGGAGUCCAUGAAGCGGCACAGACCCCCGUUCCCCUGGUUCGGGAUGGACAUCGGAGGCACGCUGGUCAAGCUGGUGUAUUUCGAGCCGGUCGAUAUCACAGCAGAAGAAGAGCAGGAGGAAGUGGAGAACCUCAAAUCCAUCCGCCGCUACCUCACCUCAAACGUGGCCUAUGGUAAGACGGGCGUGCGCGACGUCCACCUGGAGCUGAGGAACCUGACAAUGUGCGGCCGCAGGGGAAACCUGCACUUCAUCCGCUUCCCCACGCAGGGCAUGCCCCGCUUCAUCCAGAUGGGCCGCGACAAGAACUUCUCCAGCCUGCACACCACGCUCUGCGCCACCGGCGGCGGCGCAUACAAGUUUGAGGACGAGUUCCGCACCAUGGCCGACCUGGAGCUGCUGAAGCUGGACGAGCUGGACUGCCUGAUCCGGGGCCUGCUGUUUGUCGACCGGGUGGGCUUCAACGGCCACCCGGAGUGCUACUACUUCCAGAACCCCUCGGACACGCAGAGCUGCGUCAAGCAGCCCUGCACGCUGGACAACCCCUUCCCCAUGCUGCUGGUCAACAUCGGCUCCGGGGUGUCCAUCUUGGCCGUGUACUCCGAGGGCAACUACAAGCGAGUGACCGGGACCAGUCUGGGAGGUGGUACAUUCCUUGGCCUUUGCUGCCUGCUGACCGGCUGCGAGACGUUCGAGGAAGCUCUGGAGAUGGCCAGCAAAGGCGACUCCACCAAUGUGGACAAGCUGGUGAAGGACAUUUACGGGGGAGACUAUGAGCGCUUCGGCCUGCAGGGUUCCGCCGUGGCAUCCAGUUUUGGUCACAUGAUGAGCAAAGAGAAGCGCGAUACCAUCAGCAAGGAGGACCUGGCCCGAGCCAUGCUGGUCACCAUCACUAACAACAUCGGAUCCAUAGCACGCAUGUGUGCCGUCAACGAGAAAAUCGAACGUGUGGUUUUUGUCGGCAACUUCCUACGUAUCAACACGGUGUCCACCAAACUGCUGGCCUACGCCAUGGACUUCUGGUCCAAGGGACAACUACGAGCGCUCUUCCUGGAGCACGAGGGUUACUUUGGCGCCGUGGGUGCACUGAUGGAGCUGCUCAAGACGACGGAGGAGCCGUGAGUCACCAGUAUGCCACCUCCCCCCCUCCCUCCCUCAAUGCUGUGAUGUCAUCAACUCUCGCUGCUGCGAACGCCGCCGCCGCCCGGUUGCAAUGGCUGCGAAAAGGAACCGCCGAGACACACACAGGCGUGGCAAGUGGGAAAAGCCAUUAGGUUCUCGUGUAAAUAAGAAGAACUCGCUAGUAGAGGUUUGAAUAUUCUAAUCACUAAUUUAUGCUAAUUAACUCUGUCCUUGCCUGUGAGCCUACCCCCCGGUACAGUGUGUGUUUUUCACAAUGUGCGACGAGCUACUGUAGCAUCACGUCCUCAAGAGGGCGCCACCUGGGUGUAUUUCAUUCACGGUGCAGUUUUCCCACACACCCAACUCCUAAAGCAGUCCCAAGCUGCCCCCUUCAGGUCCUAAAGGAAACUGCACAUGGCCUUUUUUUUGUUGUUUCUCCUUUCACCGGACCGCCUCUGCAGGACCAGCGCCCUUGUCCCUGGCUUCAUUCUCACCUUUUGUGCUUCUUUGCCCCCUUGUCGUCCCCUUGCCCAGCCCUGUAACAUUCUUGAAUUAAUGGUGCCAUCUCCGGACCAAGACGCCCCCCUUCCUGUAGUCCUUCUAGAACAGGGGUGUCCAAAGUGCGGCCAGUAGCUAAUUGCAUGCUAAUAUUAGCAUGCUAGCUUUUUUUGUUCAUUUAGCAGGUAUACACCUCAGCGUCAAAUAUUUUGUUACUUGACGAAUAGUACCUGUUAGCAUGCUAACGCUGGUAUACACCUCAUAUUUUGGUACUUGAUGCAUGCUAACAUUAGCAGGCGGGCAUUUUUGUUAAUUUUGCACAAUGUGCAGGUAUAUACGGAGCCCCUAAAGGGACCCGGGGGGGGGGGGGAAUUUAAUAACUUUUUUUUUAUUUUUUUUUAUUUUUUAAGACAUGCAUGAGAAACUUUUUAUAAAGUUAUUAAAAAAAAAAAAAACAUUUUUUUUUAUUUGGCCGCGCACAUGAUACAUGUCUAAAAAAAUUUUUUUUUUUUUUUUUUUUUUUUUAUAACUUUAUAAAAAGUUGCUCGUCUCGUGCGCACGAGAUACAUGUAAAAAAUAUAUAUAUAGCCAUCCAUCCAUUUUCUACCGCUUAUUCCCUUCGGGGUCACGGGGGGC